AAGAGUGACUUUUAUUAUCUGUGAUUCAGAUGAAGAUUUAACCGUGCUUCAACCGAUUUCCCGACUAUAACAAAAGUUGGAGUUGUAAAGUCCCGUGUGCUGCAGCCGAAGUACGUGGAGUACGCGCAAUUCGCCAACUUGCUGAGGAAUUACAAGGCGAUAAAGUUUUGCUGAAACGAGUCAUAUUCCAUCCCAGGCCACGCCAUUUUGCUGCUAAAUCGUAUAGUGGCACUCACGGUUCAUUCCACGGUUCACUCGCUGUUACACAUACUACUGCCAUCAGAACCAAAACAAACCCAACGAUGAGCUUCAAGCGAUCGAGGGAAGACUUGACCACAUCGGACCCGGAGGAAGAGCCUGUGCAAUCUCUGGAUGAGCUCUUUUCUCGAAUGAAAACGAUGUUCGAGAAAACCAACGCGAGGAUUGAAAACUGUAAGUCGGAUCUACAGUCAGAGUUUGCCGUUCUUCGCGAAGACAUGCAGCAGUUCAAAACCGAGUGCUCCAACAAUGUCAACAAGCUGUCUGCUGAUCUAUCCAAAACCCGGGACAACGUCAGCCUCAACUAUGAACGGAUCCUCGUCUGCGGGAAACUGAAUGAUCUGCUGCUGUCUGGUGUGCCCUAUCAGUCUUCAGAAAACAUCUCUAACUACGUCAGGAGCGUCUCACUUGCUUUGGGCUACAGUGAUCAAGACCGUCCUUUGAUUUACACGAAAAGGCUGGCUCGCCUUCCAAUCGCUGAUGGUACUGCUCCCCCUUUGCUGCUUCAGUUUACCUUCAGAGCAGCACGAGAUGAAUUUUACCGACGAUAUCUCUCGUCGCGUAACCUGUCGUUGUCACACCUGGGUUUUUCUGUCAACAAGCGGAUCUACCUGAACGAGAAUCUGACAGAACUCGCUAGAUCGAUCAAAGGGAGUGCUCUCAAAAUGAAAAAGGACGGCAAACUGCACAGUGUCUUCACCAAGGACGGAUUCGUGCAAGUGAAGGACCGCGCGGAGGAUGAAGCUCGGCCAGUACAUUCUGUGGAGCAGCUGGCCAACAAACCCUUUCCUUGAAAACGCCCUCUUUUCCUUCCCACAACAUCCAUGAUUCCUUUCCUUAAUCCCGGUGUUUCAGUCCUUCCUGAAAGUUAGACCCUUCCUGAACAAGUUAUUCAUCUUCCUUCUAAGUUAAUCCUUGACUCCUAUCCUUAGUUAGUCCGUGACUCCUUCCUUCCUAAAAGUCUUCUGGUGAACGUGGUGUACUGACUGCUGGAGUGCUGGGAAUGCUGCUGGAGUGGGAAUGCUGCUGGACUGCUGGGAAUGCUGCUGGAGGGAUGUGAAUGCUGUUGC